UCAUCUUCACCAUCUUGACCUUCAACUUCACCUUCAUCUUCACCUUCAUCUUCACCUUCCUCUUCACCUUCAUCUUCACCUUCAUCUUCACCUUCAUCUUCACCUUCAUCUUCACCUUCAUCUUUACCUUCCUCUUCACCUUCAUCU